CAAUUGGUCAAAAGCAUACCUUUCUCUCUCUUUCUCUAAUUAACCUUACUUGUAAUGUAAUUCACUCCAAACCUCAAGCAAAUGUUUUCUUCCUUUUUCUUCUUGCAACAGCUACAACAACAACAAAAAUACCCUUAUUUCUUUUCAAUCAAAAUGCUGCCUUUGCCUAACAAUAUCUCUGCUUUUCCAACAUCCUGAAAACCAAAAAAAGAGUCGGCUUUUACUACAAAGGAGAGAUCUUGAAACUGAAAAAGGAGAACCCAAAGUUUUAUAUCAUGGGUAGUAAAUGGAGGAAAGCAAAGUUGGCUCUUGGCAUGAACAUGUGUUUAUAUGUUCCUCAUGAAAAGCUUGAAGAUUCAUUACCACCAUCAUCAUCAUCAUCAUCCAUUAAGCAUCCUCAUAAUGCUGCUAAUGUUCCUUCAAGGUUUUCUUCAGAUGCUGUUCCUCUGUCUCCAGUUUCUCCUUCAGGCAACGAGUGCCGCCCCACAACUCCUACCCCUUCCUCUUCCGGGCUCCGGUUGUCCAAAUCCAGCUCAAAAUCUUCCAAGAGAACCUGUUCAAUAUGCCUGACAACAAUGAAACCAGGUCCAGGCCAGGCUAUUUUCACAGCAGAAUGCUCCCAUUCUUUCCACUUUCAAUGUAUAACUUCUAAUGUGAAACAUGGAAAUCAGAUUUGUCCAGUCUGCAGAGCAAAAUGGAAGGAAAUCCCCUUUCAGAGCUCUACUUCUGAUCUUCCCAACGGAAGAUAUAGAAUCAACCCCGCGGAUUGGCCUGGGGAUGAUGCCUGGAUGACUGUCGUACGAGGGAUACCUUCCCCUCGGUUAGAUUCAACUAGGCAGAUUUCUUCUCUUUUCCAUGCUUCUGAGCCAGGAACCUUUGAUGAUGAUGAAGUCCUAGAUCAGCAGCAUGAGACUACUGAAGAAAAUGUCUUGGCUAAGGAUUCUACCAAGAAAAAUUCUAUUGGAGCAAUAGAAGUUAAAAUGUAUCCAGAAGUUUCAGCCGUUCCAAAAGCAACCUGUCAUAAUAAUUUUGCCAUAUUAAUCCAUCUCAAGGCUCCCCAUACAAGUGGAGGGCAAAAUGCCAGAAAUCAAACUAUAUUUCCCUCCACAACUCAAAAUUCUCGUGCCCCAGUUGACCUUGUCACUGUUCUUGAUGUUAGUGGCAGCAUGGCUGGUACCAAGCUUGCGUUGCUAAAACGAGCUAUGGGGUUUGUCAUUCAGCAUCUUGGACCCUCUGACCGGCUUUCUAUUAUAGCAUUCUCCUCCACAGCCCGUCGCCUCUUUCCUCUUCGCCAGAUGACUGAGACUGGACGGCAGGAAGCGUUGCAGGCUGUUAACUCUCUUACUUCAAAUGGUGGGACAAAUAUUGCUGAAGGGCUUAGGAAAGGUGCCAAGGUGAUAGUAGAUCGCAAGUGGAAGAACCCAGUUGGAAGUAUCAUCUUAUUAUCGGAUGGGCAGGAUACUUACACAUUUACAAGUCCUAAUGGAGCUCAUUUCAGGGCAGAUUACAAAUCACUUCUUCCUAUCUCAAUUGAUCACAAUGGUGGGGCAGGUCACCGUAUCCCUGUGCAUACCUUUGGGUUUGGUGCAGAUCAUGAUGCUGCUUCAAUGCAUUCAAUUUCUGAGAUAUCUGGGGGUACAUUUUCUUUCAUAGAAGCUGAGGGUGUCAUCCAAGAUGCGUUUGCCCAAUGCAUUGGAGGGCUUUUAAGUGUGGUAGUGCAGGAGGCAUCUGUUAAAGUUGAGUGUGCUCACUCAAAUUUGCUAAUUAAUUCGGUAAAGGCUGGGAGUUAUCGAACUAGCAUGAUGGCUGAUGCAAAAACAGGUUUUAUUGAUGUAGGUGACUUGUAUGCUGAAGAAGAAAGAGAUUUUUUGGUGACCGUCAAUGUUCCAGUUGAUGAAUCCUGUGAUGAGAUGUCAUUGCUGAAAGUUAGAUGUAUUUACAGAGAUGCCAUAUCAAAAGAGAUGGUGUCUUUGGAAGAAGCUGAUGAAGUCAAGAUCCUGAGGCCCACAAUAAUUGGACAACCAGUAGUAUCAAUGGAAGUAGACAGGCAGCGGAGCAGGCUCCGCGUGGCGGAGGCAAUGGCCGAGGCUAGAGCUGCUGCUGAACGUCGUGAUCUAACUAGUGCUGUCUCUCUGCUUGAGAGUUGUCGCAGGGCUUUAUCAGAAACCAUUUGUGCACGGGCUGGUGAUAGGUUAUGUGUCGCACUAUGUGCUGAGCUAAAGGAGAUGCAAGAAAGAAUGGCAAACCGUCGAGUGUAUGAGUCAUCUGGAAGGGCUUAUGUGUUGUCAGGUUUGAGCUCACAUUCCUGGCAGAGAGCAACUGCACGGGGUGAUUCCACCAAUAGUACAAGCCUAGUUCAAGCAUACCAGACCCCUACCAUGACAGACAUGGUGACCCGUUCUCAGACCAUGUUCUUUGGGAACCCUCCACAACGAAAGCUUCGACAAGCUCAGUCAUUUCCAGGCCGUCCAAAGCCAAGGUAAUCUUUGGCGAAAUCUUCGAAAAUUCUACUCUCCUUACAUUCAUCUUUGUGGCUUGGGAAGUGGGGUAUAAAUUGGAGUAGCACAAAAAGGGCUCGGUAUUUUUAACUGGGGGGUAUAUUUUCUUAUUCUGAUAAGUAAAUUAAUAAAAAUUGGAGACAAUUGAAAUGACUGGUUUGAGAGGGAGAUAAGGGGAAAUCCGGAAGUGAGGUGUUUACAUAUUUUGAUGAUGGACAAUGGAGCAUCGUACAUAGGGAGCAAUGUAUUUUUUUUUUAUCCUAGAAAAAAGGUAUAGCCAUGUAAUUGUGGGAUACUUGGGCUGAAUUCGUCACUCAAAUAUAUGGUAUGGUAUAUCUGCUUUUGAUUCUUUUUUCACGACUUUUGUCUAAUACUCUUGGGAAUUUGCUGGUAAACCAAAGUACGCUAAGCAUAUGCUUUAUUCUUAUGUAAUCGAAUAUGUCGCUGGUGCAAAAGAUAUUGUAACAUUUCUACAAGGUUGUUCCGUUUUGUCCAGCAACUCCGUUAUGACUUCACACCAAUGUACGAGAAAGAUCUAUUUUGUGUGGUAUCCCUCCAUCACUGGAUAUUUUUUGUCACUCUAUUCUUCAGCAAGUGCGUCAGGUUGGUAGGCCUAUAAGUUUACUCACUAGAUUUUUAAGUUCAUCAACUAAGAAAUACAAUCAGUCUAUCAAUGGCUAAAUCUGAAUUCUUUUUGAUAAGGAUGAAAAUGCCAUGAAAAUAAGUGCUCUCGGGUGACGAUGAAAAUAUCUUGUACUGCAUUAAUGGCAGCAAUGUCUUUUACUGGAUUUCACUCGGAAAUUGUAAAUGCAUUUUGCAGUUGCUUUAGUUUUGGAGAUACUGACA